UGACCCUGAAACACGUGCAGAGUCAACUUGAUCAAAACUUCAACAUAAAACUGAAGAUUUAGACGUUUUUCUCGAAGUCUAAAGGUGAAAAACCAUUGCAGAGUUAAGAGUUAACAACCAGUUACUAAAUUUUCUCAGUCAAUGAGAAAAAAAAUUUGAUUUUUGAGCUCAAACGUUUGCAGUUUGUUUUAGUGUUGGGUUUUCCUGGCCCCGCGAAAAACAUGCCACCGAAAAAAAGGCAAAAAAUCGAAAAAGAACAAAAGAGUAACAAAUUGAAAGAAGAAAAGUCUGCCAAGCCUUCUGUUUAUACACGAUGGUUGAUGAAAUCAGAACCAGAGUCAAGGAUAGAAAGAGGAGUAGAUGUGAAGUUUGGAAUUGAAGAUCUCAAAAAGGAACCCAAUCAAACUGCAUGCUGGGAUGGAGUGAGGAACUACCAGGCUCGUAACUUCAUGCGCGACCAGAUGAAAUUGGGACAGCAAGGAUUCUUUUAUCAUAGUAAUUGUAAAACCCCUGGUAUUGCUGGUAUUAUCGAGAUAGUAAAGGAAGGAUACGACGAUCACACACAGUUCAACAGCAAAGACCCUCACUAUGACCCUACAUCAAAGAAGGAUAGUCCCAAAUGGCAAAUGGUUGAUGUGAAAUUUGUUCGCAUGAUGAAGAGGUUCAUUCCUCUCUCUGAAUUGAAAGAACUUCAUCAGAAACACAAAAUAAAUGGAGGUCCAUUGGCAAACAUGGCUUUGUUCACAAGGGCUCGUCUGUCUGUCCAACCUUUGACACAGGAUGAAUUUGACUAUAUUCUGAGCCUUGAAGAUGAAAUGCCAGAGUAGAAAAUCCUUUUACUUUGACAAAAAGAUGAUUGAGGAAGGGCCAGUCAUUUAUUCUCUCAUGGGAUUCCUGUGUUGGAAAAAACGAGUGGCAUGGGUCCAAGUAAGGGGCAAAUAUGUGAGUGAUCGAUAUCUAAUAUUAUCUUAAUACUUAUCCAACUAGUAAGGUACAGAUUUAAUUAAUCAAAUGACAAAAAUCAUGUCAUAAAAUCUGUUCAAAUUAUUUUUAAUUAUUUUUAUAAAUAAAUAUAGUUGCCAUGGCAAUGACCACGAUCCUACAAGUUUCAAUUUCGACCAAUCAUUUAACAUAAUAUAACUUGUAACUGGGUUCUCUUCAUAGUUGCUUUUAUAAAGUUAUGUACACUCAAUUGCCUUUGAUAAUAAAGUAAAAUGUUAUUGUACCUUGGAGUAGGUCCAAAGAACAGAAAACAAA